AGGGUAUGCGGUGCGCUGCCAUUCGAUAUGGCCACACUGCAUCUCGACGACGCCGACGACGCUGGCCGAUGGUGUGACAGAAAUUAUCCUUCAUUCGUGUUCGAACAUCAGGCAGUCGACAACCAUUAGUUUUCUUCAAAUAAAACAUUUGUCUAAAGUUGCAUUGCUUUUAUUUCACGCACCUUAUUGGUGACCCCGACGCUUGUAGGAACGACAUUCCCGAAGAGCGGGUAAGAAAAACACAUAAUUAAUACACUUUGGGCGCUAUUGGCUGUGUGUCGGAUUUUUAUUAUCGUUUCAUGACUGGCUCUCGACUGCUGCACAUCGCAAUUUUGCCAAGGCGCCCAUCGGCAUCAACAAGAUGGCGGAACAGAGUCUGAGAGACGAAAUCACCCGAUCGCAAGGCGAGCUGCAAGCGGCACGUACGGCCGCUACCAAUGUCAACGAGUUUGCAGCAGGCGGUUCUGCCGCUGUAAACAACACAACUGCCAGUGCUGCCAGUGGUGCGAUAAACAAAAUCGGCAUCAAAAUCGGACCUUUUUGGAAACGCGAUCCAACGCUGUGGUUUGCGCAACUCGAAGCACAAUUUGCGCUUACAGGAAUCACACGUGAAGAAACUCGAUACUAUCACGUAUUGGCAGCUAUCGAUUCCGAAAUUCUCGCAUGUUGCUCGGAUAUUAUCCGCGAUCCGCCUCCUGCCGGACAGUAUACUGCAAUUAAGGACAGGAUCACCAAAGAAUACAGUACGAGUGAACAAAACAGGAUGCAGCAGCUGCUACGUGGAUGCGAGUUGGGUGACCGCAAGCCAUCACAGCUUCUUCGAGAAAUGAGAGACCUUGCUAGAGACGUUAUCACCGACGACAAGGUCAUCAAGUCCCUGUGGAUGCAGCAGCUACCCGAAACUACGCAAGCCGUGCUCAAAGUGACGGAGGACACGCUACAGUUGCCCCAGCUUGCUGAGCAAGCUGACAAGCUCGCUGACGUAACUAGGAGUCGAAUAGCAUCGUCUGCAGUUGCUGCACCACACGACAAAAUGGUUUUUGAUUUGGCAGAACUGCGUGCUGAAAUUGCCGAACUCUCAAGCGAGAUCGCCGCUUUUCGUCAAACUCGGGGUCGAUCCCGUAACCGAAGCGUCAGCAGGCAACAAGGUACCCGAAGCGCCUCCCGCGACCAACAUCCGUAUUGCUAUUACCACCGACGAUUUGGCAGCGCCGCUAAGAAUUGUCGAGAACCCUGCCAGUUCAAACCAAAAAACUGAUUCAGCUGCAAUCGACGACGGGCGAAUGCAGCAGUAUUGGCCAAUCCCGUCUAAUAAUCUACGAUCCGGCAACCAACUACAACUUUCUUAUCGACACCGGAGCAGAUUUGUCGGUUUUACCCUGCUUGCCAAGGCAAAACCAGAAACCAACACAAGGAACGAGUUUGUACGCUGCGAACGGCUCCCGCAUUGCCACCUACGGCACCGAAAUUUGCAAGCCUACUUUCGGCCUGCGCAGGAACUUUCCUUGGCGGUUCAUACUGGCUGAUGUAACAGCUCCUAUCCUGGGCGCGGACUUCCUAAAGUACUA